AAACCAUAUUCUGGCAAACAGUUAUCAAAUAAAAAAAAUCUUUAACUACAGACUUUCAAGCGCUAGACAAUCAAUAGAAAGUACUUAUGGAAUAUAUGCUAAUAAGUUUGAAAUAUUUCAUAAAGCUUUCUGUGUGUUACCUAAAACAGCAGAUAUAAUAGUAACAGCUUGUGUUUGUUUGCACAAUUUCAUCAUGACUGAAGAAGAAAAAUUCAGAGAUAUUCCACACCACGAGCAAAAUGCAGGUAGGAACAAAUGGAUGAAAACACAUCUCACUUUGUGGAACUUUCAUUUAGCGGACGCAUACAUUUUGCAAACUACCGCAUUCGCGUUCUCGCUAUGGGUAGCGAAUUCGUCUUUAUCGUUCGAACGUAAAACGUUAAAUCCGGAUAUCUUGAUAUCGUAGUGGCACUCACACGUUCGUUGACAAACGUAACGGAGAAAUCUGCUCCUCUUCGUUUGAUGGACGUGGCGGAGUACUCGCUCACGCGUUCUAUCCUUCACACCUUCCCAAUUACGUCGCUGAAAUACACGUGGACAAUGCAGAAUCCUGGCAUAUAUAUCUCAACGAAAAACCUAUCAACAAGGAAUAUCUACUUCACACGUUAACACACGAAAUUGGACACGCGUUAGGAUUAACACACAGUUCGCGGGAAGACUCCAUAAUGUUUGCAUUUGUCAGUAAUAAUAAUACACUCGUUAAACUCAAUAUAGAAGACAUUUUAGCCAUUCAACAACUCUAUGGAAUUAAAAAUAUAAGACCGACAACAACAACUACUACAAAACCAUCAACUAUCGAAAGUACGACGACAACGACGACGACAACGACGAAUAAACCCGAAUACGUAGAUCCUUGUAAUUUACAAUAUGCGGAUACCGUGUUGGUACUACAUCAUCGAAUAUUCAUCAUGUAUCAACGCUAUGUAUGGUCGAUAAAUAUAAACAAUAAAAAAUACGACGGACCAUUCGUACUAAACAGCUACAUGAAUUUUCUUCCGGAAAAUUUCACCUUAUCGGCCGCGUAUCAAAGGCCCUCGGGUGAAAUAGUCUUCGUAAAUAAUAUGGUUUACAUGGUCGAUUAUCCCAGUUUCAAAUUAAAAGACGAUUGGCCAAAACAUCUCUCGAGUCUAGGAUUUCCCACGAACGUUUUCCCAAUCAUGAUUAAUACUGUAGUAAAUACCAACAGAGGACAAACCUAUACAAUCUUCGAUGAUCAUGAUGUGGCGCAGAUAGACGAAUGUAGCAUGAGUAUUCGUGUGUAUCACACGUUACAAUCAGUAUUCCCAGGAAUACCGCCAGCUCCGACCUUGGCCUUUCGACACAUCGACGGUAAUAUUUACUUUGCCAACAAACAACAAUUUUACAAAUUUAACGAGUUCACGAAAACUAUAACGGAAGCUGGUCAAUUUAAUAUUAACAUACUCAAUGUCAAAUGUUCGAGAGACGGAUUAUUGCAGCAAUUGCAAGAUAUCUUAAAUCGACUAAUUCGAUCGAGAUAUUGA